AUGGGAGAAGAGAAUGCCAAGGCAAGCUACAGCUCCCUCCGCCCAAUGGACGAAAAGAAGGGAGGAUUUACUGCUUCCAGCUUCAUUUUUGUCUUGCUGGCAUUGGACAACAUGGGGUUUGUGGCAAACAUGGUGAGCAUGGUCCUCUACUUUAUGUUUGUGAUGAAAUUUGAUCUGGCACACUCUGCCAACACUCUCACAAACUUCAUGGGAUCAACUUUCUUGCUCUCCCUCGUCGGCGGCUUCAUUUCUGAUACAUACUUGAGCAGGUUGACAACAUGUCUGAUUUUCGGUGCAGUCGAAAUACUGGCUUUGGUGCUGAUGACAAUUCAAGCUUAUUCAAAGGAUUUGCACCCAAAACUUGUUUGCAAGUCAAGUUGUGUCGAAGGUGGUAUGGCCUUUAUGCUCUAUGCAUCCUUGUGUUUGCUAGCAUUGGGAUCAGGUGGUGUGAAGGGAGCGCUGCCGGCACUUGGUGCAGACCAGUUUAACCGGAAAGAGGAAGCAAAAUCACUUGCAACAUUUUUCAAUGGGCUCAUGCUCAGUAGUACACUUGGAGCAACUAUUGGUGUCACAGCCAUUGUGUAUGUUAGCACCAAUGUAGCUUGGUAUUGGGGUUUCUUUAUCUCAACAAUUGCAACUUUUGUCGGGUUUGCUGUGCUUGCUAUUGGCAAGCCUUUCUACCGCCUGCAAAUCCCCGGAGACAGUCCCAUCAUAAGGAUCGUUCAGGUUAUCGUCGUUGCGAUAAAAAAUAGACGUUUACCACAGCCAGGGAGCCCUCAAGAACUGUAUGAGAUCAGUGAAAAAGAGUCAAAUUACUCUGAAGAAAAAAUUGCACACACUGAUCAGUUCAGGUUUCUAGACAAAGCAGCCAUACUUGGCAAAGACACCAAGCCCCAACAAUGGGUGGUUUGCACAGUAACACAAGUGGAAGAAGUCAAGGUCCUAACAAGAAUGUUGCCCAUUCUGUUGAGCACCAUCAUAAUGAACACUUGUUUAGCACAACUCCAAACAUUCUCAGUCCAACAAGGGAACGCCAUGAACCGCUACUUGGGCUCUUUUGAGGUUCCGGCGCCAUCAAUUCCUGUCAUCCCUCUCCUUUCAUGUCCAUUCUCAUCCCAAUCUAUGAGUUCUUCUUCGUUCCUUUCGCUAGAAAGAUCACAAACCAUCCUUCAGGCAUCACGCAGCUUCAACGCGUCGGUGUUGGACUAG